GUCCGCGAAAAUUCAAAGCAGCAGCAGACAGAUAGCGCGAUUAAUUCGUUCACACCAAGAAAGUGAGCGCCAAGAAGAAGUGGGGAAAAUGAUUAUUUCAUUAGUGUUUUAAUUCACUUCGAAAACUGCCAGCAUCACAUUCAUUGAAGAUAUAGCCUAGUGUCAGUGUUAAAAAAAAAGAAGUACAGUAAUGGAUACUUUUGGGUCCUGCAUUAAACGAUCUCGGCUACCUUCCUUAGAUGCAUUAUCAGUGAGGAAUCUGUCAAAACGCAGUCAAUCUUGGCCUUUGAGUCAGCCAUGUACACCAGAAAAAAAGAACUUGCCAUUAAUAGGGGCUGCAUCACCACUUCAUUUAAGGUGUUUGAAAGAGACAGCUGCAGAUUCACCACUACUGACAAGUACACCAUGGUCAUUCCGUAACCUCUCGUUAGAUUCAUUAAUCGAGAGGUCAGGCUCGCAGUCUUUCAUGUAUGACGAAUGGCUGACGCCGAUCCAAACAAAAGAAAUCAACAUCAGUGGUCUCACCAAACCAGAAAUUGAUCCAUUAUAUUUUGAAGACAUUGCAAAGAAUCUUUUUUAUGAACCAGAGCAGUUAAAUAAUGAAAACAGUAAAGAAAAAUGUAAAACAACUAUAGAAUCUGUGACAUCAUCAUACAGUUCAGGUGUUGAUGAUUCUACUGCACCACAAUCUCAAGAACUAUCAUCAUCAGUUAUGUUGGUUAGAAGUUCAUCGUCAUUUGAACAAAGUUCCCUGGUUGAUAGUGGUUACAUAUCAAGCUCUAUGGACAGUACAUUUUUAAUUGGCAAGAAGAUGGGCCUGAGACAUUGUGACAUUUUAUCUGAGUUGUUAAAUGUUGAACCUAACAUCGUUGACCAAAUAGUAUCGUACUUAUCUCCCGAUGAUCUUCAAAGUGUGUCCUGUGUAUGUAGUUCGUGGAAAGAAUUCUGUGAUGAGUCAAAAUUAGUUCAAGAUAUGAAGAAAAAAUCAACAGUCUCUCAAAAGAAUAAAGAAAACCACAUGAAAACGGCAGUUGUGAAAGAGACAACAUCUAUGAAUUGUCCAUUGAAAGAGGUUCAACGUAAGAAUUCACAUAGAGAAUGUAUAGCACAAUCACCCGUCAAAAUUUCCCUAAAUAACCAAUUGUCAACUAGAAGGCAUAACAUGUUUAGAGAGGCUGCGUCAGAUCUUCUGGUUGACGAGUCGUUAUCUAAGUGCCCUCGAUGCUGCUCUCCAGCAAAACUUAGUAUGAAUAGACAACGUGGAAAUUGCAAACGCCGAUCUUGUAUGUUUGACUUUUGCGUUUCCUGUCAUACAAACUUCCACAGGGGCACCCCUUGCAAAGUUAGCCCAAGGCGCAUUUCCAAGAAAGGUAAUGUAGUCGGUAGUAAAAGUAGUAAAGGCAAUCUACGACGGCUUUGACCACCCCUGUAGUUUUUUUUAUUUCAACUCCAGGGUAUAAUUAAAUAGGUUUGUUACUGUAGCUUACUUCAUGAAUUAUUAAAAAUUAGACAAUGUAUUGACAAUUUUGUAUUGUUAAACAUGAAUUGUAUUGAAAAAAUUUUAAUAGAUGUAAAAAUGUAUGUUUUUCAAAUUUGUUGAACUGAAUGUGUAUUUUGAUCAAAAUUUAUUUGUGUAUUUGGUAAAUCUAAAUAUUUUGAAUACUUUCAUAUUUUGUGCUUUAAAACAUGUUUAAACAGCAUUUGUCAGUAUUCUACUAUUA